AUGGAAUUCUGGAACUCCACCUUGGGAAGUGAUUUCAUUUUGGUGGGAAUUCUGAAUGACAGUGAGUUUCCUGAACUGCUCUGCUCCAUAUUCUUAGCCUUGUACACAAUGGCCCUGACCAGCAAUGGCCUGCUUCUCCUGGUCAUCGCAAUGGAUUCCCAUCUCCAUGUGCCCAUGUACCUCCUGCUUGGACAGCUCUCUCUCAUGGACCUCCUCUUCACAUCUGUUGUCACUCCAAAGGCCCUUGUGGACUUUCUGCACCAAGAAAACUCCAUCUCCUUUGGAGGCUGUGCCCUUCAGAUGUUCCUGGCACUAACAUUGGGUGGUGCCGAGGACCUCUUGCUGGCCUUCAUGGCUUAUGACAGGUAUGUGGCCAUUUGUCAUCCUCUGAACUACAUGGUCCUCAUGAGACCAAGGGUCUGCUGGCUCAUGGUGGCCACUUCCUGGAUCCUGGCAUCUCUGAGUGCUCUGUGUCAUACUUUGUAUACCAUGCACUUCACUUUCUGCAAGUCCCGAGAAAUCAGACACCUGCUUUGUGAGAUUCCCCCUCUGCUGAAGCUGGCCUGUGCUGAUACUUCCAGAUAUGAGCUCAUGGUGUAUGUGACAGGUGUGGUUUUUCUCUUGCUUCCUCUCUCUGUCAUUGUUGCUUCCUAUAUGUUAAUACUAUUGACUGUACUCCGUAUGUCCUCAAAUGAGGGGCUACAGAAAGCUCUUGUCACAUGCUCCUCCCACCUAACUGUGGUUGGGAUGUUCUACGGGGCUGCUACAUUCAUGUACGUCCUUCCCAGUUCCUAUCAUAGCUCAAAACAGGAUAAUAUCAUCUCUGUUUUCUAUACCAUAGUUACUCCAGCUCUAAACCCUCUCAUCUACAGCCUUAGAAAUAAAGAGGUUAUGGGGGCCCUUAAGAGGGUUUUGAGAAAAUACAUGUAG